UUUUAACCAAAUUUCUGUAUUUUUUUUGCGUAUAUCCCUUUUACAUUGGAACAAGGCGAAAGGUUAUGUGGAUAUGAGUUUCCGGAAAGUAUACGAGACUUUGCAGGAACUUUUUCCACUGAUUGAUGUUCGAGUUCUUAAAGCUGUUGCUAUUGAGCAUAGCAAGGAUGUUGAUGAGGCUGUUGUAGCAGUAAUUGAUGAGAUAAUUCCUUUCCUUGCUUCUCAUAGUGUUUGUGACAGGAAUCCUGAGGUGGAGGGUGAUAUUGUUCGGUUGACGUUGACAGUGGAUGAUGAUGUAAAAAUGGAUGCUAACAUUCACUCUCAAGGUGAACCACUUGUGGUGGUUGGUGAAAAUAGAGUGCACACUUGUCAAAUUGAAGUUUUCGAAGAUCCUGAAACAGAGAGAACACAUUCAGCAGAAGAUGGAACUCGAUGUGGUGGUGAUCCUCUGUCUACGUUGGGAAUGUCGCUGGAUGUGGAAACGGGUGUUGGGCAGAAGACGGAUUGUAUUCAGGCAAUGGAAGCUGGGAAAGCUCGGGAUAUUUCUGUUAGUACUUCAGGGGUGGAGGCGGAGGUGUCUGAUGUGCAUGAGAGUAAUUUAGAUGGAUUGAAUUUACCUUUGUCGACUGAUAGUGCUUCCAGCGGGAAAAACAUUAGCAGUACUCUUGGAACGGAGGAUGAUUCAACCUUGAACGCGUCCAUGUCUAAUAAAAAGGGGAUUAUUGAGGUCUUGGAGGAAAUUAUUGCUGAUGCAAGAAAUAAUAAGAAAACAUUGUUCGCGGAAAUGGAGUCUGUGAUCAACUUGAUGAAGCAAGUGGAGGUCGAGGAGCAAGCUGCGGAACAAGCCAAAAUCGAAGCUGAAAGAGGUGAUAUUGAUUUGCUGAAUCAGGUCGAGGAGCUGAAAAGAAUGCUGCAGCAUGCGAAAGAAGCAAAUGACAUGCAUGCCGGGGAAGUUUAUGGUGAGAAAGCCAUCUUGGCAACAGAGUUGAGGGAGCUCCACUCUCGACUGCGUUCCCUAUCAAAUGACAGAGAUCAAUCACUUGCAUAUCUGGAUGAGAUGCGUCAAUGUUUAGAGGUCCGACUAGUUGCUGCGGAGAAUGAAAUUAAAUCUGCAUUGAUGAAAAAACUGGAGAAGGAAGAAGUUACUAGGAAAUCCCUUGUUGAACAGGAAUUAAUCAUGGAACAAGUGGUGCAAGAAUCAAAGAUACUGAGACAACAUGCAGAAGAUAAUGCGAAGCUGCAUGAAUUUCUCGUGGAUCGCGGGCAACUGGUAGAUACAUUGCAGGGGGAAAUUGCUGUUAUAUGUCAGGAUGUGAAGCAGCUAAAGGAGAAAUUCGACCAGCGUCUUCCGCUUGGCAAAUCACUCUUCUCCGGCAAGACGAGUUUCCUCUUAGCUUCUUCGACCUCAUCAUUGAAAAGCUUCGUUCCAGAUCAAGUGUAGCCUUUGGCAACCAAAGACGAUGAACAAUUGAACACCGGAAAUGAAACAGAUCACGUAAACGACCCUGAAAACGAACCAGCUAGGGUAGACUGCAGGUCGCUCGCGGAAAACUACGGAUGGGAGCUUUUCGACAGCAGCGAAGCUAAAGCCUGAGUACUGGAAAUACUAAUACAUAUCACGUAAACGGGAGGUUUUCGACAGUCGUGACUGCAUUUUUUGAAGAUGAAUAGAGGGAAAAUAACUUGCAAUCUUUUUUGUAGAACCUUGGUUCUUUUGACACCAUCUUUUUUGGCUCUCUGAAAUGAGUAGUAUUUAAUUGUAAUAAAAGUGAAGCAAAAAUUACAUCUUUGAUUACUAAGAAACACUAAUAAGGUGCUCUUUUUGUUUUACAUUGAUAUGUAUAUAUAUACAUA